AUGGCCGUGAUGGCCGUGGCCGUGGCAGCCGUGGCAGCCGUGGCCGUGGCCGCAGUGGCCGUGGGCGUGGGCGUGGUUUCCGUGGGCGUGGUGGCCGUGGGCGUGGUGGUCGUGGCCGUGGCCGUGAUGGCCGUGGCCAUGGUGGCCGUGUUUGUGGUGGCCGUGGCCGUGAUGGCCGUGGCCGUGGUGGCCGUGGUGGCCGUGGUGGCCGUGGGCGUGGUUUCCGUGGGCGUGGUGGCCGUGGGCGUGGUGGUCGUGGCCGUGGCCGCGAUGGCGGUGGCUGUGGUGGCCGUGGCUGUGAUGGCCGUGGCCGUGAUGGCCGUGGCCGUGCUGUCCGUGGCCGUGGUGGCCGUGGUGGCCGUGGUAGCCGUGGUGGCCAUGGCCGUGCUGGCCCCUGGCCGUGUGGCCGUGGGCGUGGGUGUGGUUUCCGUGGGCGUGGUGGCCGUGGGCGUGGUGGUCGUGGCCGUGGCCGUGAUGGCCGUGGCCAUGGUGGCCGUGUUUGUGGUGGCCGUGGCCGUGAUGGCCGUGGCCGUGGUGGCCGUGGUGGCCGUGGUGGCCGUGGCCGUGGUGGCCGUGACCCUGUGGCCGUGA